CAAAUAAUUUGAGGGCACAACCAUGUCAAACGGUCUCGGACGUGGGCUGUUUCAACUUGUAAAAGAAACGGCGAAGAUGUCAAAGGUGAUCACUACAGAGAUGCUGAACCCUUUCCACUGGGCCAAAUCCAAAAAGGAUUACAAGAUGAUGGUGGAAAGGAAAGUGCCUGGAGCACUUGACAGGAUGGAGAAAGGUGAAAUUAUCCCUGAAUGGGAGUAUGUUACAGAAGGGAAACUUGGGUGGGAAUAUAGACAAGUCCUGGCUGGUAACCCCGACCCCUGGUGUGUGGAGGGUGUGUUCUACCCCCGAACUGACCACACUCGCCCUCACAUUAUCUACACUAUGGAGGACUACCGUGUUAUUGGUUGUGUAGACUGCAUGGACGACCAGCAUUACAUCAAUUACAUGCUCAUAAGAGUUAAUGAGAUGGGAAGAUGCAGGGAUUGUGGAUCUUGUUACGCAUGUGUUCCUCACCCUGAACCUGAUCUAAUCUGGGAGGAUCCUGUCCAUCACUAGUGUUUUAUACUGGACUUCAUUCACCUGCUCUGAGAAACUGACUCUUAAUCUGAAAUAUUUUAGCUAGCUAUUAUAAGAGGGUUUGAUUCAAAUUUCAAGUAACAAAUUAACAAGUUUGUCAUGGCUCGGCCUCCUUAUAAAAGGCUCGAUCUAGGCUCAAAUCUAGCUAAUUUAUUUAUAUACCUUUAAUUCUAUGAUUUGUUAAUACCCCUGAGGUAACGAUUGCUAUACAGUAAAAUUAAGAUUGUGAUCUCUGAAUGUGACGUGACGUUGAAAUUUUUCUAAAGUGUUUUGUUUGGAAAUCAA